AUGGCCGCAGUACUAGCUCGAGGCCGCCGACGCCUCAGCACCUGGCCCUUUACCAUCACGCUUCUUAUCAUCUCCAUUCUCUCUGCAUAUGCAUUUCUCAUCCGAACACAUCACCAUGCAGUCCCGCGAGCCCUCUCCUCCGAUCUCGCCCCUCACCUGGUGUCUCGGAGCAACCAAGCCGAUCCGGAAUGCCGAGAUGUCCGUCUUGUCGAGGACCAAUGCGCCUUUGUCAAAAAGUACUGCCUAGACGACGACGCCGGCCUCAUAUCCUACUUGGAUCUUUACUACUGCAAGCUGAACCAUGUUCAGCCACUGGCUUUUGUCUUGAUUGUGCUUUGGCUGGGAAUGCUCUUCACCACCAUCGGCAUUGCCGCCAGCGACUUCUUUAGCAUCAACCUCAGCACCAUCGCCACGAUAUUGAGACUGAGUGAAAGCUUCGCAGGUGUAACAUUUUUGGCUCUUGGAAAUGGCUCUCCCGAUGUAUUCAGCACAUUGGCUGCCAUGGCAUCUAACAGCGCCAGCAUGGCCGUCGGCGAGCUGCUCGGCGCUGCCUGCUUCAUCAGCGGCGUCGUUGCAGGGUCCAUGGCGCUGGUACGCGAAUUCAAAGUUGAUCGACGGUCCUACGUGCGAGACAUUUGUUUUCUUAUAUUCGCUGUGGUUUUCACCAUGAUCUUCCUCGCCGAUGGAAGCCUGCAUUUUUGGGAGUGCUGGGCCAUGAUUGCAUUUUACUUGCUGUACGUGGCUACCGUCGUCGGGUGGCACUGGUAUUUCUCGCGCAGAAAACUACGACUCCGUCGUGAAGGCGAAGCUCGCAGCCAUUUCUACGGCUCCGCCAACCAAGCCAACGAUGAAUUGGCUGGCGAGCCGUACCGCGACGACCCUGAUGACGCUGAUCGCACCCACGGCUCUCGAGAGCGGGCUCGGCCCGACAUCUCUGCCUUGGAGUCCAGCCCUCGUGUCGAGUUCGAAGGACAGGACUGGGAUGAAGUUGCCGACGAGCAGGCGCAAGACCACGAGAGAAUGGUCGCUGCAGAAGUCUCACGAAGCAUGCGUGUCUUACGACCCAGUCGGCCUCGGAGGAAUACCAAAACACCAAUUAGACCUAGUCUCGUCGGUGCCCUCGAAUUCAGAUCUGCUCUGGCUCAACUCCAGCGUGAGAGCAACUGGCAACUUUCCAACAUGCCGAGUCGCAGCCAUUCAGUCCACCAUAUUCCUCAUCUACGAGAGCGCGGCGCGUCGUUUGCUGAGCCAUCUACUGUUUCUCGCUCCCACCCGGACCCUCAUUUUGAACCAGGUCCUUACGGACGUGAGCGUGGCUUUUCGGUAUCUACUGUGCCCGGCGUGAUCACUGAAUCAGAAGAUGCCGUGAGCGAUAGCGAGCAAGGUAGUGAGCAGCUAUCUGGCCCCAUGAAAGCGCCAUCCCCGUCGGCAUCAUAUACUGUCGGGGGCAAUUUGGCUCCUCCGCCAACUAAUGCUUCUUCGGCACCAACAAGCAGCGCAGCCAAGGGCCAGUCUGAUAAGCAGCUACCCUUGCUUAUCGUGCGCCCCCCUACGCGCCAAGGCGGACACAGCGAGGGUUCAGCACCCGGCUCGCCGUUUCCCCAAUAUACUGAUUCGCCUGUGCUUCUGACGCCAACCCCGAACGCUGAGCCGAGUGAGUUCAUGCUUCCAUCUCCGGCCUCAGGACGGCGGCCCGAAUUACCUGGGCCUCUGCGUGAUUGUGAUUGUAUUGUUGAGCCAAAGCCUGUCUCUUGGUGGCCAUAUUCCAUCUUGCCGCCACCGCACAUCAUCUUGGCGACUCUUUUCCCAACAUUACAGGGAUGGGGCACCAAGACGUGGUGGGAUAGGUUCGUCAGCGCCAUCUCUGUGCCCAGCAUCUUCCUCCUGGUUUUGACGCUGCCUGUGGUUGAGCCGGAGGAAGAUGAAGACGAGCACACCGAUGUGACGAUAGCGUCACAGUCUGGCCAUGAGGUCAUCGUGAGCGAUGUUGACCGAUUUUCUCAGGAAAAUGGCCGGCAAGAAGGUGUGGCAGAGUGGGAAAGAUACCGAAACUAUCAAAGCCGCAGAACAAGCCAUUCUUCAUCUUGCCUGCAGUCACCGCAGUUGCCCGCUCUCACAAACGACAAUACCCUUGUUAGUCCCUGCACGGUCGGAGCGGCGUCUGCAGCUGUCGCGAACAAAGCAGCGUCGGACUUGACCUCUGCUGGCAACAAUGGCGCGGACCCGGGGACUUGGAACAGGUGGCUGGUUUGCGUACAGCUGUUUACGGGACCUCUGUUCGCGGUGUUUAUCCUGUGGGUCAAUCAGUUGGACGACUGGGAAAAUCCAAGGAAGACACUUGUCAAGAUGGUCUUGUAUUCUUUGCUGUUAUCGCUGGUCUUGCUGGCGAUACUGGUCAUUGUGACGGUCGAGCAUAUCCGUCCCAAGUACCACUACAUCCUGUGCUUUCUGGGGUUCGUGAUUAGCAUCGCAUGGAUCUCGACGAUUGCCGGCGAAGUGGUUGGCGUAUUGCAGACGCUCGGCGUCGUGCUUGACAUUUCGGAGGCGCUCCUGGGGCUGACCAUCUUUGCGGCGGGCAACAGCGUCGGCGACUUGGUUGCUGAUAUUACCGUGGCCAGACUCGGCCACCCCGUCAUGGCAUUGUCUGCAUGUUUCGGGGGCCCGCUGCUGAACAUUCUUUUGGGCAUCGGCAUCGGCGGCGUACUGAUGAUGAUCCAGGGUGCGAAUCAUGAGAGAGGCAAGCACCCUGACCGGCCGGUACACUACGGCCCGUACCCCGUUGAGAUUGGCGGCACGUUGCUGGUAUCGUCCAUGACGCUGUUGGUGAUUCUGAGCGGGUUGUUGAUUGCGGUGCCGAUGAACAAGUGGGUGCUGAGCCGGAAGAUUGGGUGGGCGUUGAUUGCGGUGUGGUCCGUCAGCACGGCUGUGAAUGUUGCGAUGGAAGUGAGCGGCGUUUGGGGCGGUUCCAAGAGCUGA